AUGGCUACAACACCAACAAGACUAGAUUCUACACGAUCAAUACAUAAGCAAAAAAAACGACAGAGAAAUAUUUUAUCAACAGAAGAAUCUUUCAUGGUUGAUCUUUGUCGACCGUCGUCCUUACCGGCCAAUAACUCACGGAGUUCACCUAACAGUACUAAUGAUACAAAUAGUGGAAGUUCAACUUUCUUCCCAUCAUUAUUCCUUCCUUAUUCGCAACUGAUUGACCCUGAUAGACAAGGAUCGGUUACAGCGGCUAUAGCAGCUGCUACAGCUGCUGCUGUCAUGGCAUCAUCAACUCUGGAGCGAACACGUCUUGAAGAAGAAAAAUUACGUGUUCAUGCUAAAGAUAAGAAAGAUCAAAGUGCAAAUGCUUCUGCUGAGGUUAAAACUCAUUUGAAAACUUUUCUUUGCCGAAAAUUACAAAAAGAAGGCAAAUUAGGAAAUGAAGAAUCAAUGGAUAUGUUGAGACGAUUUCAAUCAGAACCUGUACUUGCUAACCUACGUCUAGAAUCAGGCAAUUUAAAAAUCAAAUCUGAUUUACGUCAAAGUAUUAUUAAUCGCCAUCGGCAUGUUACACCAAUGUCAGAUACCCGUCAUCCAAUACGCUCAACAAAUCUAGCUGAAAAACAGAAACAUGCUACCCUACCUAUUCCAAUGCUGUCAUUUGAUUCUCAAACUGGUCAAAUACUUGCUCCGGAACAAUUGUGGUUUGAUUUAAAUGAUUUACAACAAAAACUAUAUAGUUGCUAUUCAACAGGUUCUAUAAGUGGAACUAAUCUUAGUCAACAAAAUCACUUGAAUAUUAUACAUGGCAAUCAAAAUCGUACAAAUAUUCUUGGCCCAAAACAUUUUAUAGUCGAAGAAGAAAAUGAAGCAUUAUUAGCAAAAGAAUUACAGGAAGCAAAAAUUCAAAGUCCCUUCAAUAGCCAUAGUUCCAUGCAUAGUAGUCAACCACACAUAUUCAAUUUAGAAUCCAGUGAUUUUACGGCUAAAAAUUCAAAUUUACCAUCGGAUCGUUUAGUGUUGCAUUCCAAAUCAUUAUCAUCUUUAUCAGCGUUAGCAUCAACAACAGAUAAUAAAUUACAAAAAAGUCAGUCCGGUACUAUACGACUGCGUUUUACUACUGGAAUUGUUUACGAUGAAGAUUCAUUAAAACAUGAAUGUUAUUGUAAACGCACAGAUCUUCAUCUUGAAAAUCCUCGUCGUUUACUUGUAAUUUAUGAACUAUUGAAAAAAUGUAAUUUACUAGAAGAUUGUGAAAUAAUUCGUAAUUAUUGCGCAACAAUUGAUAUAUUAACUAAUUGUCAUCAUCCUAAUCAUGUAUAUCUAUUUGGUUGUGAUCAACGACAACGUACACAACAAUCGGCCAUGCUGUUAACACAACGACUGAAUUCCAUUGUACAAUUACCAUGUGGUGGUUUUGGCAUUCAUGAUGAUACCGAUACUGUAUGGAAUGAACUAUAUACAGCACGUGCAUGUCGUUUAGCUAUUGGCAAUACUAUCGAAUUAUCAAAACUUGUCUUUGAUGGAACAUUAAAAAAUGGUUUCGCUCUCGUAAGACCACCAGGUCAUCAUGCAAGAGAAAAACCAUUAGGAUUUUGUUAUUUCAAUACUGUUGCUAUUACAGCGAAAUAUUUGAAAAAACAUCGAAAUAUUGAACGUAUUGCUAUUGUUGAUUGGGAUAUACAUCAUGGAAAUGGUACACAAGAUUUAACCUAUGAUGAUCCUAAUAUUCUUUAUAUAUCGUUGCAUCGUUACGAUAAUGGAACAUAUUUUCCUGGUGGCGGACGAAUUGAAGAAUGUGGAUGUGAUAAUGGUCUGGGUAAAAAUGUGAAUGUUGGUUUCUCUGCUGAACCACAAACCAUUAUGACUGAUGUAGAAUAUUUAGCAGCAUUUAGGAGUAUUGUUAUGCCCAUAUUAGAACAAUUUCAACCACAACUUAUUCUUGUUUCAAGUGGUUUCGAUGCAUGCAUGGGACAUCCACAUCCACUUGGUGGUUAUGAACUAACACCAACAUGUUUUGCUUAUAUGACAAAUCAAUUGAUGAAGCUUGCUGAUGGAAAAGUUGUUUUAGUUUUAGAAGGUGGUUAUGAAUUAAAUGCAUUGGCACAAUGCGGAAAAGCAUGCGUUGAAGCUUUACUUAGCCGAGAAUUGCCAUCAUUUAGUAAAGAAACUCUCGAAGCUAAACCAAAUCCAUAUGCAGUACAUAGUUUACAGCAUGUCAUGGAAGUACAGCGUGAAUUUUGGCCAUCAAUUGCACAAUAUAAACAUUUGAUUUCCGUGUCUCAUGAACAAGCCAUUUCUUCGUGA